AUGAAUCAGAGGAUUAUAUUAUUCCCCCAUUUUUGCGCCAGACUUGACAUUCCACAAAGUUUUUCCUUGGGGACGGGUCUAUUUACUCGCUUCAAGGAUGUCCGUAGUCGACCAUCACUUUAUCCACGUGUAGAAAGAACUCCUGGUCUUGGUGCCAGACAGCGAGUUGCCGUCGCAAAUGGUUCACACGUGUUCAAAAAAGUUUUUCGUUGUGGCAUUUUCACCUUUGUCUCCGUAAAUACAAUUUUCGCCGGAGCUAUAAUAUGGAAUUAUGAGCAUUGGGAGCCCCAAGUUACACGACAUCGCACCACAGGCUUUCGAAGUGCGUUCAUUAAAAUUUUCGGCAGACCUCCAAAAUCGUCGGACAUUUUUUGGGCCAUUGCCUUUGCAAAUUUCGUUGUAUAUACCUUCAUCAGUACACGGAGAUUUGGCCCUAUAUUGCUUCGGUAUUUUGCCAAUUCACCCUAUGGGCCUUGUCCAGCCACUUCAAUGGUGCUUUCAAUAUUCUCUCAUCAAACAUUCUUUCACUUGUUUUUGAAUAUGUAUGUUCUUUAUAACUUCACUCAGCCUCUUGUUCCUGUCCUUGGAAUGGAACAAUUUUUUGCUGUUUUUCUUGGUGGUGGUAUCGUUGCCUCCUUCCUGAGUGUUCUUUUCAAAGCCGCUCGUAGAUCGCGCAUACCCUCAAUAGGUGCCAGUGGCGCUGUAUGUGCUGUUCUGGGGGCUUUCUGUAUGCUAGAACCGCGAUCCCUUCUCUGCGUGCCCCUGCUGGUCAAUGUCAUUCCUCACUCCUUCACUGCAGGCAACGCCGCAUGGGCUAUUGCUGCAUUUGAGGGUUUCGGUGCUCUAUUCCUCCAUAGACUAUCGCCGAUUGAUCAUGCCGCUCACCUUGGUGGCCUCCUAUUUGGCAUGUAA